GAAACGUUCAAUUUUGCGUCGCAUGCGAAAGCGGAGGUAUCUUUUCAUGUGGUACGUUUCAAGUGAAUUAUGAGAAAGUUUUAGAAGGAAAAAUGAAUUGCAAGUGUAAUUAACAAACAAGCGCUAAAUAGCCCAGCACAUGGCACUCAUUCGUAAAGACAAGCCACGUUCGCUCUUCCUGCUAUCCGCAGACGCCGGGCUCACACUUUCCCAUGGCCAGUUCAUCGACAUUUCUUCGUUCAUCAGUUGCUGUCCGCUUCAGUUGACAGUUGACUUGCAGCGGUACGGCAGUGCAGCAAACGGUACUAGCAAUGAGUAAAGUAACAGUGCUGGACGGUGGUUUUGCCACGCAACUUUCGGUCCACGUUGGUAAAAGCAUCGAUGGUGAUCCACUGUGGAGUGCACGGUUUAAUGCAACGAACCCGAACGCCGUGUUCCAGACGCAUCUGGAUUUUCUGGAGGCUGGUGCGGAAGCGGUCAUGACGAACACUUACCAGGCCAGUGUCGAGGGCUAUGGCGAGUAUUUGGGUCUGGAUGAGGACGCCAGCCUAAAUUUGAUCAAAUCAACGGUACGCGUCGCACAGAUGGCCCGUAAUCGAUUUUUGGCCACACAGGCCAUCGGUCAACCGUUCAGUAUGCCGCUACUGGUGGCGUCGAUCGGACCGUAUGGAGCACAUCUGCACGAUGGCUCCGAGUACUCCGGAAACUACUCAAGCUCGGUAUCGCAAGACACGAUCCAAAAGUGGCACCGAUCGCGCAUUGAAGCUUGCCUCGAGACAGGCGUGGAUGUACUCGGCAUGGAGACGAUCCCCUGCAAGAUGGAAGCCGAGGCACUGCUCGAUAUGAUGUGUGAGGACUACCCGAACGUGCGCUUUUGGAUCUCGUUUCAGUGCAAAGACCAUCUGCACCUUGCCAAUGGGGAGCUGUUUAGUGACGCAGUCAGCUCAUUGUGGGCCAAGGCACGAUCGUUGCGUAACAAGAAUCUUCUCGCACUUGGUGUUAACUGCGUGAAUCCGCAGAUUGUGACGCCUCUGUUCAAGAGCGUUAACGAAAAGAAGCUGCCAGAGGCCCGGAUACCGCUCAUAGUAUAUCCAAACUCGGGCGAAGUGUACACCGUCGAAAAUGGAUGGCAAGGCAAGGAAGACUGUGUACCAUUGGAGCACUAUGUAUCACAAUGGAUCGAGCUGGGGGCUUACUACAUUGGGGGUUGUUGCCGAACGUACGCUCGUGACAUUAAACGCAUCAAACAGAGUGUUACAAACGUGAUGCAAUUAGACCAUCACUAAUCCAGAGGCUCCUGUAUUCCUUUAGAGCUAAGUCAUGGCGUACGCGCUUUUUAUCAAUAUCGAUGUUAAGAAUAUCCAAACAGCGAUCCAGGAACCAUUUAUGCAUAAAUGGUUUAAAUCCGUGUCUUGUGCGGAUUCGGUUUUCAUGAACGAACUUCUAAUCACAACAUUUUUGUUUAUUAAGACAUAAGCAAUGCUCAGAAAACACAUGUUCAUUGUUGCGUACUUAUAGCAAUAAUUUUUUCAUGUAAACUGUAACUACAGAGACAUAUUUAAUGAGGAGAUUAUGAUGUUUUAAAUAAUAGGAGCAUGCUGUCUUUCAUUCGUGAUCCGAAACAGAUACACAAUUGGUAUUGUUUUUGGAAGUCUUGUAAUAAUAGCACUACUCAGCACUAGAGCUGGGUCAGUUGAGAAUUGACUAACUUCAUAUGUAAUGUAACAUUAGUUCCGACCUUAUCGGAUAUCAGUAUACUUAUCGAAUAGUGACUGCUACCAUUGCACGUAAAGCUGGCAUGUUAAAAUCGAACAACCUAUUCAAAAAUAUUGACGGCGACAGGUGGCUGACGGCUUAUGAUAAUGGCAACUUUUACGAUAAUGCUUAUUUAUUUAUUACUAUGAUCAAUUACUUUUACAAACAAAUUACCCAAACUCCAAAGUUUGUUCUUCACUAUU